CUUCAACUAUUGGUCGGAAUAAACUCUGUAGGGAUGUUGGAGUCCAGAACGUCCCAAUUGGUUUUCAAUCUUGCAAAGCUCUUUGGUUUUCCAAUCCAAUUACAUUGGAACAAAGGAAUCAAAAAGGCUCAAUUUCACACAACAAGCUUUUGGUUUUCUUUGAUUCGUUAUUCAGGAGCUUUUUUGCCCUCAGUGGCAAUAUUUCUUCUUUUUGCGACCAAUGGAGGAGUAGCGUCCCUCUUCUCUUUGUAUACGGAUCGACGGUUUUCUAUUUUGGACUUGACAUCAACUUGGAUACUAUGGUCCAUAUCCGGUCUACAGAUGACGUUUCUCUGGGUAUUCUACCGUCAAAACUCUUGUCACAUCAAUGCAAUCAUCGCCGAAAUAAGCAUCCUGAGUUCCUCAAUUGCUUCAAAACGGGAACAAAUCGGUUUCCCUCUUUCCUGGAGACGACUUUUAUGGGUGCAAAUAAUUGGAGUUGGCAUUUGCAUUAUCUUGGCCACCAUAUCUAUUCACCUGUUGUGCGGCACUGAACCAAAAUGCAGCUUGGCCUUUCAAUGGGCAUUCACCACAUUAUAUUUCGGAACACUCUUCCUAUGUGUCUAUUCUAUUCACCAACUUGCCUCUAACCUCUUCAUCUACGAAACACUUAUUGAAACAGAACAACUACUUCAAUCCUUCAAUUCUUGGGUCAACCUGCAGCCGUUUCUCCAUCCAUCAGACCUACUGCAGAAGUCCAAGUCCAUUGUUAGAUUAUUCUCAUGCAUCGAGAAUCGGAUUGGGUCUAUAAUCUUUUUUGAAAUCUUGUGUAGCAUGACAGUCGUUAUAUUUGGAGUGUUCCAAGCCACCAACAUCAAUUUAGCCUUGGCCCAGACCACUUUUGGAGACAACGAGUUGUCCAAACUGUUGCUGGGAAGCAGUUUUGUUAUGCUUGGCAUAAUAUCUUGCACGAGAUAUUUGCCCUUCUUUCGGUCGGGACAUAAUAUCACGACAGAAAUGAAGGCCGUUAAAGUCAAAAUCGAGGAUGAACUGGCCAAAAGAUUCGACCAAUUCUCGCCCAAUCAACUUUGGGAAUUCAAACAAGUCCGAGAAAACUUUGGCCGCCCGGCCGCUAUUCAACCAUUGGGGUUGUUCGAUUUGAACUUGUCGACGGCGUUUGCGACUGAUGGAUUAUUGAUAACAUAUAUUGUUAUUUUGAUUCAAUUCAAAUUGGGAUGAGGUUACGUCAAAAUUUGGUUGUCAAAAUAGAAUUGAAAAUGUCUUUUUUCCCAGUUGUUACUUUCGGAUCCAUAAAGUUCGACGUUGACCAAAUUGAAUAACUGUGAUAAUAGCUGGAGCAGUCAGACUUUGGGGCAUUAUCUUGUUGCAUCGAGCCACAAUUCUUAAUUUCAAAGUAAAUUGCAGCUUACUGGUUCGGAAACUGACUUUGCCGCUAGGUACAGAACAAAUUCUUGCAAUAUAUUUUAGCAACGG